AUGUAUCACUUAGCCAUAAAGGUAGCUAUUUUCUUAAGUAUCUGUUUAAUGAUUCUGCUAGCGCCUGUAUGGCCAAGGAAGGGAAGAAUCAAGAAAGUGAGGAGUACUUUAGGAGUUAGCGUUUUGGCAUUUAUACUACUUGGGUUCACUCCCGAAAAAGCAGUGAAUGGCGCCCCAUUUCAUCUAUACAAAGCUAAAACUGCUUUCUUUAGCUGUAAUCUGGUGUCAAGAGCAUCUGAAUUUUGCGGGAACGAAAUUUAUGACGUUGCCUGUUCGUGUAAGAACUUUAAUGCAAUGGCAACUGUUUCCCAAUGUUAUUUGGUUGGGUAUAAAGACGACAUAGAAUCAUUUCUCGAAAUCUGUAAGAAUGAUUUUAAUAUCAGUGUGACAAGAGAUAUAUUCCACAAAGCUCAUGAUUAUUAUAUAAAUUUCUCACAACCGAUGGACCUUACUGAAAGUGAGAGGUUAGCUUUCACAGAUCGUCCUUUAAAACUUGAAGAUUCAAAUAUACUAUUAUUUAAGGAGGCAUAUGAUCAAUUUCUUGGUAAUUAUGACAGAUCAGUAUAUUAUGGAGCAAUUUUGGUGUUAUAUUGGAUUUUUGUGUUUACCAUUGCUUCCAUUAGUAAUUGGACUGUAAAUUUAUUUCCCAAAGUAACGAGGACAUUAAAUGGAUCAGUCACUAAUUGGUAUAGACGUCAUAUUAGCUUGCCUGCUACUGGACAUGCUAAGACGAAAGAGAAACCUUUUUUAUAUUUCCUCGAUAUGUUAGUACCGAGCAGACAGGAGACUUUAAUAAUUGCUAUAUUUCUUUUACUUGUUUUUGUGUUGGGAUCAAUGAAAAUUCAUUAUGUUGAAGGAGACCCAAUAUUUGAUACCAAAGAGAGGGCUCUUUUACGGUAUGUUGCAGUAAGAUCAGGGAUUUUAGCGAGUUUUUUACUACCCUUAUUAAUUUUGUUCGCCGGAAGAAAUAAUUUUUUACAAUGGAUUACCCAGUGGAAUUAUGCAACUUACAUCACACUUCAUAGGUGGAUAUCUCGCAUAGUGGUUGGCUUAGUAGUCAUACACUCAAUUUGUUAUUCUUAUUGCAUUCCCGCACCUAGAUGGAAAAGGAAGGAGCCUUACCUCAUAUGGGGAAUCAUUGCAACUUUUACUGGGAUAGUCAUUUUGAUUCAAGGAUUACUUGUUCUCAGAAGAAAAUGGUAUGAAUUAUUUUUGUUUGUCCACAUAGCUUUGGCAGCUGUAUUUAUAAUAGGGUCUUGGCUACAUGUCGAAAAUCUUUAUUGCUUAUGGUUUUAUUACGUUGCGGCUGCCGUUUGGGCACUUGAUAGAUGUAUUCGUUUGGCAAGGAUUUUUCUGUUUGGUUUUCCAAACGCGGAUGUUUUUUUGUUAGCAGAUGAUACCUUGAAAGUCAUUGUACCAACCCCUCUGGAGUGGGAAGGUAUCCCUGGUGGCCAUGUAUUUAUUCACUUUUUGGGCCCAACUUGUUUUUGGCAAUCGCAUCCAUUCACCUAUACAACUGCUGAUGAUAAUAGGAAGUUAGUUUUAUACGUCAAAGUCAAAGAAGGAAUAACUUCAACUCUUCGUCAGCACUUAAAAACGUUUCCCGGAAAAGCAACUCAAAUCAGAGUUGCCAUAGAAGGAUCAUAUGGGGAAAAGAGCCCCGCUGGAAGGUAUGAUAAAGCAGUAUUUAUUGCGGGUGGAAAUGGUAUUCCAGGGAUAUAUGAAGAAGCGGUCGGGCUCUCCAAGAAAGUUGAUUUGUCUAACAAGACAAUUGACUUAAUAUGGGUUGUUAAGGACUAUAAUUCUUUGUAUUGGUUCUACGAAGAGUUAUUGUCACUAAGAGGGCUGGGAAUUGAAACUACUAUUUAUGUGACCCGCCCAGAUUCGAUUAUUCUUGCUGAUGAUUUCGGUCUUCGUUUCGGGCAGAAAUCUUCUCAGUUGAUCGAGCAAAAAGCAAAUGCUAUGACCCCUUUGAUGAAUCAGAAACCGCAAAAUCAUAUUUCAGUGAAUAAAUCCCAAGCGUUUUCCUGUGGUCAAGUUGUGUCUACGACAAUAUCCGAGCUUUCACAUAUUAAAAUUAUAAAUGGAAGACCCGAUAUUAACAAUCUCAUUAGACAAGGUAUCAUGGAAUCAAAAGGCUCAUCCUGUUUUAUAGCUUGUGGUCAUCCUUCGAUGGUAGAUGACAUCAGAGCUGCUGUAGUAUCUAAUGUUGGCAUUGCAAAAGGAAAAAGAAUAGAUUACUUCGAACAGCUACAAGUAUGGGCAUAA